CUAGUGAUAGGACUGUUAUUUUUCUAGGUCUUCCCCAAGUGCGACCAAGAACCGUUGGACGAGGUGGUCAAUAACGUGAUGUCAAUAUUCGAUCCCAUGGGGGUGGGAACCAUUUCCUUUCGCGAGCUUCUCAUCACGUUCGCAUUGUCCAUGGAAGCGCCCUUAAUCGAAAAAUUGAAUUGGACCUACCGCCUCUAUGACGAAGAAGGACAAGGCGAGAUCUACUUAGACGAUCUGGUGCAGAUCGUAUGGAAAUUGUGUGAGCUCACCAAAAGUGCAGAGGUCUUAUUAAAGGACGGCCCACCAAAAGCGAUCGAGAGAAAUGAGGAACAAAAUGAAGAAGUGGAAACCCUCGUUAGAUCCAAAGCCACUCCCAAAGACCAUAACUCAUCGAUACCACCUCCGGCCCCGAAGCAAGCCGAGAAUAUUAAGCUUUUGUCUAAUAAAUUGGGCCACAGGGUAGAAUCGGCGAAACAGAAAAGAAGGGAGAGACCGAGUUCGAAGAAAACGGAAUAGACCAAAAUGAUCAAAAGAACCAAAGUGUAUAAGACCAAUUCCAAUGAGAUCAAACUUGACGAGGUCGAGAAGGCUUUGGCUAAGAAGGUAGUCGCCCAUCUGGAUAAAAAUGGCGACGGGCGCAUCACCAGAGAAGAAUUCAUCGAAGGCUGUCUGACUGACGAUGCCUUCCUUUGUCUCUUACAAUGCUUCAAUGGGGAAAUCAUUUGGGGAAAUCUUUUCAAAGUCACUAGCAUAACAGUCUCGACGUUUUUAGAUCCUCAAUAACUCAUGCAAGCUCACGCCCUAUUAACAUCCUCGGCGUGGCAAGUAAAUAAGUGAGAGAUUACAAUGUGACGCAAACAAUCAUUAUUCUUUUAAAGACGUGUAUCGCAUGCUCUUACGUUAAUCUUUAUGUAUGAUGUUAUCGCAAAUUAAAGUCCAGUGACUUUAGUUAG